GUCUAUGGUUACCUCAUGUACCUUGCCGCCACUCACCUCUCCGCCGGUAGUGAGCUGUUAUUGCAGAUUCUAGGGCCAGGUUUAGUCGGCGGCCUCUGCCUUCCUGUUCUUGGUGCACUUCCCGAUGCUAUGCUCAUUCUAGUAUCUGGACUAUCAGGAAGCAUAGAAACCGCUCAAGAUCAGGUUUCGGUUGGAAUGGGGUUGCUCGCUGGUUCGACCGUCAUGCUUCUUACAAGUAUUUGGGGAACUUGUAUCGUUGUUGGCAAAUGUGAUCUACAGAAUUCGGUUGCUCAAGAUAACAAAGACACCAAAGGGUUUCACUUAAUGGGGUCUGGUGUGAGUACAGAUAUUUGGACAAGCUAUUCUGCAAUGAUAAUGGCUGUAUCUGUGCUUCCAUUUAUAGUUGUUCAGUUCCCACAGAUUCUACAUUCAACUUCUGGAAGACACACUGCAGUUUUGCUUGCCCUCAUCCUCUCCAUUUCUCUUCUAAUUGCAUACUGCCUCUAUCAGGUUUAUCAACCAACAUUACAGAAAAGACAUCUUGAUUUCGCAAAGCAUAAGCACGUAAGAUCUAGGAUUCUCAAGUUCUUGAAGAUGCGUGCACUUGGAAGACUCGUAGAUAUGAACGGCGAGCCUAACAGAGAAGUUUUAGUCAAGCUGUUUAACUCGAUUGAUGCUAAUCAAGACGGAAGUCUUUCGAUUCCUGAACUAAGGGCAUUGGUUGUAGGAAUGCAGUUAUAUGAGAUAAACAUGAAUGAAGAGGAUGCUGUAACCAAGGUUAUGAAAGAUUUUGAUACAUCUGAAAAUAAUGAAGUUGAGUUUGAUGAAUUUGUAAAUGGGAUUGGAAGAUGGCUUCAGGAGGCCAAGGGUUUCAAAAGGACUACUACUGUUGCUGGUUCGGACUCAUUGAAGUAUGUUCAUGAUUACUAUGAGGAGACGAAGAAAGAACAUGCCCUUUUGGGCGAUCAAAGUCACGAGGAAGAAGAAGAAGAGGGUGUAGAUGACCCCCGUACGACCACCAUUAAGGCCGUGCUAUUGUUGUUACUUGGCACUGCUAUCGCGGCUGCAUUUGCCGAUCCUCUGGUAGAUGCUGUCAAUAAUUUUUCCGCUGCAACAAGCAUCCCAUCUUUCUUUAUUUCAUUCAUCGUGUUACCAUUAGCAACAAACUCCAGUGAGGCAGUGUCGGCUAUCAUCUUCGCUACACGAAAAAAACAGAGAUCCGCUUCUCUGACAUUUUCCGAGUUAUAUGGAGCAGUAACGAUGAACAAUGUGCUCUGCCUAUCGGUGUUCUUAGCACUUGUAUACGUGCGAGGAUUGACAUGGGAUUUCUCAUCGGAAGUGUUGGUGAUUCUUAUCGUUUGCAUCGUGAUGGGUGUUUUCGGCAGUUGUCGAACCACGUUUCCUCUAUGGACGUCAUUCAUAGCUUUCUCGCUCUACCCGUUUUCCCUCAUCCUUGUAUAUGUUCUUGAUUAUGGUUAUGGCUGGUCAUAA